UCAGUCGAUUAAAAUGGUAAAAGGUGGAAAACAAUAUUCUUCAAUGAGCAAUGACGGAAAAUGGUUUGCUCACUCAGUUUUACCAGAAACUGAGAGGAGAGACCAUGAGACUUGUACAAGCACUGGGAUCAUGCUUAGUCAGGUUAAAUCCUCGUUGCCUCAGGUUUCAAGCUUUAAACACUAUCCUAAAUGGAAAAGUCAACAUCAGGGAUCCAGAGAGUAUCCACUCUCAGACCAUGACAACAAGCAUUCUUUGAAAGAUGACAUCGCUGUCUUCACUUGUGGUGUGGGACGGAGAAAGGGUCCCAAUGAUCGCAGGGAGCACAACUCUCACUUCUGCCUCUUCCCCGAUGGACCUGACAUUGGCACAUCAGAGACCGGAGGGAACCUCUCAGCCUACCAGACUGACUUCAAUGUGAAGCAGACUGCUGAUAUUCCAGCCGGCUACAGACGGUUCCCCCGAAACCACAAGCAGAAGGCUGCAGAGGCAGCUUCAGCACAGGCAGGGGAGAACUUCAUGUGGUUUGGACGACACGACCUGGUAGAAACACCAUUAAAGCAAGCAGCCACCAACUCCUCAGCAUCUUCUUUGUCCGGAGCCACUGGUGCCAUCUGAGGCACUAGAUGGCAUCACUGAGGACAUCAGGUGAACUUUGUUGGAUGGUCCA